GAAUUCGGAGCUUUCCCAUGAAUCGAGUCAUGGUAGGCAUUCGAUAAAGUAAAUUAGUGGAUUGUUUCAUAGUUUCUGCUCGUACCUCUUACAUUUUCGAACAAAGGUACAAUCCACAUCUCAAAUCUUUGCUAUUUAUAAUACAUAAGUAUGCCGACAUUCGUCUCCAAUCGCCCGUGUUCCUGCGGAAGAAAAGUUUUAUCGAAGCACCUUGAAAAACGGGAACAUGAAGAAGGCGUUAAAAGACCAAGCAAGAAAGCGAAAACGAGGAAAUCAGUUCGAAUUGACGAAGAUAUAAUGGUAAUCCAUGAGUACAUAUCAACUUCGACGACACCACAGCCGACUUGGUUAUCACAGAGUGAUUACGAGUUGAUUCGGCAGGACAUCUUGGUGACACUGGACCUGAUGGAAGCAAAAUUCCAGUUCAAUAAUCCUUUAAGUAUUUCAUGUACAUUUUACCCUAACUACUGCAAAAGAGGCCUCGAGUGUUUCUUAACAGGAUCAAAUAAAAUUUUGUCUUUGAAGCCCGACACAAUCCACCGUCGAGAACAAAGGAUUCGAAACGUCUUGGAGGAACAAAGAUCGCAGAGGCAACAGCAAACGAAGAAGCAUCGAUAUGAAACAACCCACGUUGCUUACAACGACGUCGCGAUGAGAGCUGCGUGCCUUACCAAUUCCAAUCGUAUCAACGUACUUAAUGCCAUUGAAAUCUCGUUGAGAGAUUCAGAAGCAGCAGCAACCGUGUACGAAGAUGAGCAGAAGCGGCCAACUACUUAAAUUACUCCCUGACGAAAAUCAUAGCAAAAUUGGAAUCGUAGAGGCGAAACCUACUCGAUCUUGAUUGAAUGUCGACAUCAUGAACCAAUGACCUGUCCGUUAACAUGAGCUUAGUUCGAAUAAAUGAUAUUGGGGUUAUGUUUCAACGCAACAGUGAAGAACUAAAUGUGAAUUUGGAAUAACCAGUCAAUUAUUAU